UUUUCGAACGAAAGUACUGGAACGGAACCCUUUUCUUCCUUUCGCCAGUCGUAACCGACCUCUCCCCGGCCACGCUCCUCCUCCUCUUUUCCCCGUGGAAAUCUCCGGCGAGAAGGCGGAAGCGAAGCAUCGCCACUCCAAUCCUUUGUCACCGCAUCUGUAUUGGAUCUCCGAGCGGCAGAUCCGUAGGACAUUCUAGUGUUGUUGUUCUUUUGUGGAAGUAGAGGUGAUGUCGGAGAUCAUAGAGAUACAGAGGGUCUCUUGCGUCCGGGAUUUCCCAAAAGGGUGCGGCCCGAACGCAGUGGUUGUCAACCGAAAGACCAAAGAGGCUCUGACGCGAAAGCCGGAUCGCGUCCCUCCUCAGGAACUUGUUGAGCCUCAGCCUCUCCCUACUUCCUCCCCGCCUGGUGCAACGGAGUCAGAAGAAGUAAUCCGAGAUUUCCCCAAAGGGAGCGUUCCUAAAGAUGUGCUUGUCAUUCAGACGACUCAAACUCAGGAAGUUCUGCCACAGCAGACUAUCUGUUCUCCUUCGCCACCCUCUGCAGGGGAGUUCCAAGAACCUACUGCGUCUACUAUGGGCGUAGCUGCGGCCAAGCUUGCGGAGAAUGGUGUUGUUGUAGCUAUCCGAGAUUUUCCCAAAGGGUGUGUUCCUAGUUCUGUAGUUGGCCAGAAAACUGAGGCUGACCUGCUUCAGCCUGUCAUUCCUCCUUCGUCACCUUUGGCAAUGGAAUCCAAAGAACUUACGCCUCAGCCUCCCCUUUCUCCUCCGCUUCCAUCUGCUGCUGAGUCUAAAGAACUUACCGAGCCUCCAGCGGGUGUGACUGCUGAUGUGCCAUUGGAUAGGGUAGUGGAGAACAGUCUUGUUGGAUGCUUGGAACAUCCAGUUGUGGAUCCUUCAGUGGUGGAAACAGGGAAUGUUGCGGCGGAUGAUGAAGUCAACCGGGGAGAUGCCUUAGACCAGUUUAAGGUGGUUUCUGAUAACCAAGAUGAAAAACUAGGGACUCCACAGUUAUUGGAGAAUCAACUGGAACAGCCUAAACCAUCAGAUGUAUCUACAACUGAUGGAUCAUCGCAUGAUGAUGUCAAUGCGAAAAGUCAUCAUUUUCUGAAGCUGAUUCCUCCUCUGUGGAAGCGCACUGUCCCCUCUAUCAGAGACUAUCCAAUAGGCUGUGGAGUCGGCGCUUCUCCUUUGACCAGAGAACAGGCUAUAAAACUCACAGAAGCUACUCCAACUAAGGGAAAUAGUUCGAUUGAUGAAAAGCACCCGACCGUGAAGCAGCAACCAACAGCACUGAAAAACUUAGGUAAUGAUAAUGUCACUGAAGCAGUAAGACCAGAAGCUAAGUUCUCAAAGUCUGCUCCUCCUCCUUCCAGAAAGCCUUUGGAAGCAAAAGACAAGCUUGCUAGAGCAGCUUCUGAUAAAAGGUUACAACCAUUUAGCAGCAGUAGUGAAAAUCAAAGGAGCAAGAUCCCUGGUUCUGAUGACAAGAAAUUUCCUUCGGGUAAAUUUACUGGUAAGUUGAUAGAGAGAAAUCACAUCAUUAAUGAUGUCAAAGGGAACUCCUCAAAAAAGACUACAAUGGAAGGCCAUGUUGGGAUACAAAAAUUGGAUGCUGAUGAUUCAAGAGCUUAUGGAGAGAGGCCGAUAAUUCUGGUUCUCAUGGCUGCUUCUAAUUGUCCAUGGAGGAAGGGCCACAAGUCCAGUUUCCAGGGGUCCUUUAGAGCUGCUACACCAAUGUCAAAGGUGAAGAGAGAGAAGACUGCAUUAGGUAUUCAAUUUGCCAAGAGACAGCGACCUGCAUCAGAGAUGCAACUUGCUUUACCCCAACCAAAGAGGCAGAGAUUGACUUCCAAUUUUCAACUUACUCUUCCAGAACUGGAAAAAGAGCAGAUGCCACUAGAAUUACAAGAGGCCUUUAAGGAUGUGGAAGAUGAUGACUGUGGUACUCAGCAUGAUGAAAAUGAAGGAGCACUUGUAGUAUACAAAGAGUCCAGUGAACUAAGUUCGGUGGAAGGCUCAAAAGAGUUGACCGUCACAUUAUAUCCAGUUGAUCCCUUCAUAAGGAAUAAAAGCGGUAACAGUAUGCCAGAUGUGGUAGCUCGCAAUAAGGUGAAAAAUAUUCUACGACAUUUUCAGUCACUUUGCAGAAAGCUGUUACAAACUGAGGAGUCUAAAUCAAAAGAAUCAAGCAAAAUAAAGAGGGUUGACCUGACUGCUGCUCAAAUUAUUAAAAAAAACAUUGGAUGGGUUAACAGUGGUAAGCCAAUCAUAGGAACUGUUCCUGGAGUUGAAGUUGGAGAUGAGUUCAGGUACAGGGUGGAGCUAGCCAUUGUUGGUCUUCACCGGCCAUUUCAAGGAGGUAUAGAUGCAACAAAGAAAGCCGGCAUAUCAGUUGCGACAAGUAUUGUGGCUUCUGGAGGCUAUAAUGAUGACAUGGAUAGUUCAGAUGUCUUGAUAUAUUCUGGUUCUGGCGGAAAUCCUGCUGGUCCAGAUAAACCACGAGAAGACCAAAGACUUGAACGUGGAAAUCUGGCACUGAAGAAUAGUAUUGACACAAUGACACCAGUACGAGUUAUUCAUGGAUCAAAGGAGAUGAAACCUGGAAGUUCCCAUGAUACAAAGCCCAAACUAGUCUCGACAUUCACAUAUGCUGGUCUUUAUUUGGUUGAGAGAUAUUGGCUAGAGGAUCCUGACAGAUAUAGUGUUUUUAAGUUCCAGUUGAGAAGAAUGUCAGGGCAGCCAGAACUUGCUUUUCAAGAAGUCAAGCGAUCAAAAAAACUAAAAGUACGUGCAGGUUUAUGUGUGAAGGAUAUUUCAAAUGGCAAGGAAAAGAUUCCUAUUUGUGCAAUCAAUACAAUCAAUGAUGAGCAUCCUCCUCCCUUUAUGUACAUAACAAAGAACAAAUAUCCCUCAUGGUUUUCUAAGACACCUCCAACAGGUUGUAAUUGCUAUGGUGGCUGCUCUGAUUCAGAGAAUUGUGUGUGUGCCGUCAGGAAUGGUGGUGAAAUUCCAUUUAAUCAUGAUGGCGCUAUUGUGGAAGCAAAAUCUCUCAUCUAUGAGUGUGGGCCAUCCUGUAAGUGCUUGCCGUCAUGCUACAACAGGGUGAGCCAGCGUGGCAUCCAAAUACCACUUGAGAUAUUCAGGACAGAAACUAGGGGCUGGGGAGUGAGAUCCUUGAGCUCCAUUACGUCGGGAAGUUUUAUAUGUGAAUAUGUUGGUGAGCUCCUUCAGGAUAAAGAAGCUGAAAAGAGGAUUAAUGAUGAGUAUCUCUUUGAUAUUGGUCAUAACUAUGAUCACUCUCUACCAGAAGGGUUUUCAUCUACUAUGACGGGUAGUUCUCGGCUUGAAAUGCUGGACAAUGUGAAUUUCACCAUUGAUGCAGCUGAGUAUGGGAAUGUAGGAAGAUUCAUCAAUCACAGCUGUACUCCUAAUCUAUAUGCUCAAAAUGUUGUUUAUGACCAUGACAACGAAAGAAUCCCACAUGUAAUGCUUUUUGCUAUGGAGAAUAUUCCUCCUUUACAAGAACUGACAUAUCACUACAACUAUACGAUAGGCCAGGUUCAAGAUUCAGAGGGCAAUGUUAGGAAAAAAGAAUGUUUUUGUGGUACUCCUGAAUGCACUGGAAGGCUUUAUUAAGAUUAAUCGUGGUCAUUCAAGUUCAGUCCAUCUUAUUUUGGGAAAUUGUUCAACCAGAAUUUUGCAGUAACAAAUGCACCAGAGAGUGCUAUGCAAUUCAGCUUCACUUGUUUGUCAUGUCAACUGGUUGUAUAUGUGCAGCUAAGGGGUAAAAUCAAUAGUAAAGGUACUCCCAGCUGUUGAUCCUCUCUCUGCUUCUGACGACUAAUCACCCAUUUGCCAUCAGCGGGUGGAUGUACAACUCGAAAGGGAGACUUCGAAUUAAAGUAGUUGUAAACUGGAUGGUUGUGUAAUGGCCCUUAUGCCAUACUUCCAGUGCACGAACAUUCGAUAAAAAGAUGUUUAAUUUUUGGCCAUCUACACACUCUCAUUUUGUUGUAGUUUCUCUAUUCUUGUAUAGCUAGGAUUGAGGAAGUAAAGAGAUGGAUUUUUGUUUGGUGCUUGAGAGGUUCAAGUACUCAAGAUCCUUGGAAAUCAUCUUUCAUCUCCCUUCAAACCAAGAUUUUUUUCCA